GCCAGACUGGCGAAGAAAAGGACAGGAAGUGGGAGCGGAAGUGCGUAGCGGGGAGCGCGGGCCUGGUCCUCCCCCCUGCCCCCCAAGCCGAAGAGGUCGCGCAGGAUGAAUGUGUGGCGGGCCUGGAAGGCCGUGAGCAGCCGGCCCGCCAUGGUGUACACCUUCGGCGUGUGGACCAUCCUGGGCUCCAUCUACAUCUACACGUAUUCCCGCGUGGCGAAGGAGAAGGAGGCGAAGCAGGAGCGGGAGAAGACCGAGGAGGAGCGGGUGCUCGGUAGGAUCCUUCGCCUUCGUAGGGGGACGGGGGCCGCUUGCCCUGGAGCGCCUCUGAGCAUGUGGAGAGUGCCCCUUUUCCUUUUAUCCCCUUCCUCUUCCCACCAAAAGAAGCGCCCCCCCCCGCUUUCUAAAAGCCCUUAUUCCCCCCGCCCCGUUUUCCAGUCUUAGAAUAAUAAGAUUGUAGAGUUGAGGUCCCAAUUAUGUGGGGCAGGGCUUACCCGGAGCCCCCAAUAUUUUAUUCAAGUUAGCGCCCUUGACGGUAGUUGCAGUCCAGCAACAUCUGGAGACCCGUAGGUGCUUUACGGAUGAGCCUUGCUUUCUUCAAAUAUUGAUCUUGUAAAUGUGCUAAUGCUUUCUUCUAUAACAGGAGAAGCGGCUUCCCCAAGCUGUUUGACUGGGGCAGGGGGCGGGGUACACCUAAAGGUAAUAGUCUGCAAGCUCUGAAGUUGUGCAGAACUUCUGCACAUUGCCACACUAGCUAAUGAGUGUCAAAUUAAAUGCGCUUGAAUUAUUUAUUUUUGAAUUGUUUAUUGUUUGGGACCAACUUAGUGAUAACUCCCUAUAUUUCAAAGUAAGGUUUUUGUGCAGAACUUGAUGGCAGCAAUCAUUAGUGCUUUGGCAAUGCACUUUGAAGUGUCCUUAUGUAAGUUAAAUAUGUGUAAAAUAAUCCAUUCAUUUUUUAAAUAUAUUGUCUCAUCCAUCACGAUGCUUCAAAAAAUGAUAAAUAGCAAAAAACAAAUAGUUUUUUCUCUUAGGAACUCUUAUGAAGUGGGACUUUUGCCUUUUCUUUUCUUUUUUCUGCAUUUAGAGAAUGCAACUGGAUUGACCAAAUAUGUUUCAGAAGAUGGACGGAGGAAAGUUGUUAUGUUUAGAACAGCAGAGAAAGGCUUUACUUUCAACGUGACGACAACUUAUAAACCAAACUUUGUGCCACUGUCAACUCGCCUGCAUAAUUACAUACAGUCAUAUUUUGAUGAUACUACUAGAUCAGAAAAAUAAAUGAUUCUGAGCAAAAAUUCUCAAGAUACAUAAAAUGUCAGUAUGUUUUAUAUUUUCUAAACUCACAUGAAACCCAGUCUGAAAUAACAGAUAUGUUAUCAGCAGUUGCUUUGAAAAAUCAAUGGGUUUUCUAGACUGCCUCACUGAAUUUGAGUUUUUUGAGACCUAUUAAAAUUUGAUAUCUAUUGGAACAUUAUUAUUAUGGGGUUUUUAUAUACUGUGCUGCUUUUCAGCUCAAAUCUCCCCCAAAACACCUGUUAAUAGAAGAAAAUGUACAAAACAAUCAAAACAACAUAACAUAGCAAAAUCUCAAUAAAAGAGGAACAGAAGUGUUCCUAAGCUUUCAUCACCCCUAUAUCCCACAUCUUUAGCACCUCAAUGGAGCGUGGGGAGGGGAGUUACUAGUGUGUUUUGUUGAUGUUUUUAUUACGUAUUUUUGGUUUUAUCAUGUUUUUAUGCUGUGAACUGCCCUGAGAUCCAUGUAUGAAGGGUUGUAUACAAAUUAAGCUAAGGAGGCAGUGAAGGAAUCAUAGCAUGCAUCACCAAGGAGUUGUCUAGGCAGAGUUGUUGCAAGUGGUCUGGAAAUGAUGGGCACCAGGAGCACAUGUUGAUGAUUUGCAAGCAGCUUGCAAGGCAUUCUGAGGACAAUUGCUUGACCUCAUAGUGACUUAAGAUGCUGCUAUUACAGUAAAUCCAGCCAAGGUGUCUAAUGCAGUGCAUGGUCCAGUGUUAUGGGGCCGUUUCUAGUUAAUGCAGCCUGAUGAUGUGGACAGGAUACUUGCACAAAUGUAUUCAACCGCAUUGCCUGGAACUUUGCCUUUCCUGGCUGGUGAAAGCUAACAGAAGAGAAGUUGGACCGAGAGUGGUGAACCCAUCAUCACAUGGACAGGUGCCAGCCGUCUUUAAAGAGGGACACCCCCCCUCCAGCCUUCUGGAUGGCCUGCUCAUAGAAACCAGGGCAAACUGAAUGUGACUGGGCAGCAGCUAGGGUGGCCAGGUAUCCUGUUUUGCAGAGGACAGAGCUCUGUUUUGAGGGAAUUCUCCCCCCCCCACAAAGAUUUUUAUUAGUUUUCACAAUACAAUAAAAUAUUAUCUAGAACAAAUAGAAUCAAAGAGAUGAGAGAGAAGAACAAGAAAAGACACAUAAUAAAGCACAGAAUUAUGUGUAUAUAGUCCUCCAUCAUAAUUAUAGCUGAAUCUUCAAUCCACAGACAAAGAAGUGAGUUUUCCCAGCUCUCAGCAGGGAGCGCUUCCCCCUUCCUUAGCCUCACACCCUGAGGAAAAUUCAUUCUGGCCUGUCUCUCACACAGGUCCCUCUCUUCGAUCCAUCACCUCUCUGUAUGUAUAUCUUCAUUUAUCCCAAAUAUAAAUCUUCAGAAAUCAAAACAUAUAAGAACCAAGUUAAUAGAGUGCUAUCAAAUAUUAACAAUCGUAAAACAAAGUAAAGGAGAGGGAGGGAGGGAGGAAAUUAAAAGAAAAAAAUAGGCUUCCACUUUUCCAUCUGCCAAUUAUUUGUAUAUCAGUUAUUCAAAAUAUUUAACAUAUGCACUCUAGAAAUAUCCAGCUUUUUUCCAUUCCGCUAAUCCCAAAUUUUCAAAAGAGUAUGAGGAAAUAAAAGAUCAUUUUCAGAGUUGGUUACAUUAUAGGCAAUUACAUGAGAUGUAUAAAGAAGAUAACAAGAAAGGAUUUAGUUACACCACUUCUAGAUUUCAAAAGGAAGUAAUAGAAGGGAAAGUGAAGUUGCUGAAGGGUGCAUAUAGUAUUCUGCUAGAAUGGGAAACAAAUGAUGAGGAGGUGAGAUCGGUCAUGAUCAAAUGGGCACAAGAUAUAGGACAUAACAUACAAUUUGAAGAUUGGGAAAAACUGUGGAAAACAGAUUUAAAAUUUACAGAUUGUUCUCUUCUGAAAGAAAAUUAUAUGAAAAUGAUGUAUAGAUGGUAUAUAACACCAGUACAGAUAGCAAAAAUGUAUAAAACUGGGUCAAACAUACAUUGGAAAUGUAAAGAAAAGGAAGGGACCUUCUACCAUAUGAGGAGGGACUGCAGAGAAAUUUUAAAAAAUUGGGAAAUGAUAUACAAUGAGUUGAAGAAAAUGUUUAAAAUGACAUUUAUUUAAAAAAAACAGAAGCAUUUCUGUUAGGGAUUGUAGGACAAGAACUGCCAAGGGGAAAAAAAAUUAUGUAUGCUACAACAGCGGCAAGAGUCUUGAUUGCACAAGGAUGGAAGAAUGAGGAAACCCCGACAAAAGAACAGUCGCAAGAGAAAUUGAUGAACUAUGCAGAAAUGGCGAAAUUGACGUGCAAAUUGCAAGACAAGGACAACUGUGACUUUAAAGAAGAAUGGGAGCCUUUUAUAAAUUAUUUAAGAAGACAACAAAAUGAACGGGACUCCUUGGCAGGUUUUGAAUAAACACAGAAAUUUAUUGAGGAUUAACAUAGUAGACAGAUAUAAAAUAAGGAUGUAUACAAUUUUACAAUAUGCAGAGGUUAACGUGUUUCGAAAUCAGAGAGGAGCUGAGGGAAGUCUUAGGGGGGAGGGAGGGUUUGCUGGGGAGGUGGGAGGGGGGGGAAUAAUGAAGAUUAUUUGUUUUGAUAAUUUGUUAUGUUGAAGUUGUUAAAUUUUUUUUAAAAAAAGAUUGUAAUCCCCAAUUUUCGUUUCAGGCAUCCAAAAUUCUUCUUUUCUCAAUGUUGCUCUUCAUUAACUACUGUUACCUUCAAAUGUCCAAAAUAAUAUUUUUCCAGUUCCUUGUGGCAAGUUUCUCUUCAUUGGUUCCAACGAAGCUCAGAAACAUAGUAAUCCAUAUUUGUUUGGCUGUAAAAUUUAUUAAAGCAUUGUCAUUUUUCUUUUUUUCAAUCUUUUGAUCAUUUUAGUCUCUAGAAGAUGGGAGACUUUUUCUGUUUGUAUAUUCAUUAUUCCACAAAUCUCAUUAGACACAGCUUUGAAAGCACAUUCAAUGUAAAAAACAACUAUGCUUUGAUCUGUCUUGUGCUCUUCUUGCUGCAGAUUCCAUCAUCAGCUCCCACCUUUCCAGCAGCCAUAAAUCUGUUUCCUCAGCUACUUCCUGUUCACCGUCUGCAGGUUCUGCAUCUCCCAUUCUUAUCUGUAGCCCAAUCUCCUUAACCAUCUCCUUUUAAGUCCAUUAACUGCAUUUUAAACAGGUCUUGCAUGAGUUCAAAGAUCACGGAUUUUUUUUUGUGUAGCCAUGAUUUAAGGCUGUCUUCGCUUCCCUGCAUCAUGUGAGACUGUAAGAAAUUCCCACUUUCGUUUUUCAUCAGCUCAGCACAAGGAAACAAAGAUUUACAAAAGACGUAAAAAAUAAGUUAUAUGCAAUUCCAGUCCAUUUUAAUCUUCCCAGGCAAUAAAUUAUUUAAGCUUGAAAGGGCUCUGCCUGUUAUCUGAUACUUCUUUUAACCACCUGCAGCCUUUUUGCCUCUGUGUGUUAUUUACCGUAUUUUUCGCUCUAUAACAUGCACCCGACCAUAACAUGCACAUAGUUUUUAGAGGAGGAAAACAAGAAAAAAAAUAUUCUAAACAAAACAGUGGAUGUAUGGUUUUUGUGGUUCAUGCUAUGGCCACAGACAUGUGAUCUGACUGAGUUUGGAGUAGCCCAAUGCAAAAAUCCUGAGGAUCCAUGUGGAUCCAUGCUUUGUAACCAUGUUUUUGCACCACUGCGGCCCUAGGCAACAGUGGGUGCGUGAUUUUUUUGGUGCAAGCUAUAGCCAUGGACAUGCUAUGUGAUCUGAUGGUGAAUUUGGGGUGACCCAGUGCAAAAAUCCUGAGGAUCCAUGUGGAUCCGUGCUUUGUAACCACGUUUUAAGUGGGGAGGGAAGGAAAAGCACUCAAGGGACAAGGAGCACACGUGGGGUGUGUGGAGAAGGAUGCUGCUAAUAAUGCAGGCGAGGGGUUUAAGGGGAGAAGGAACACGCGUGGGGUGGGUGGAGAAGGAUGCUACUAAUAAUGAAGAAGAGGGGUAUAAGGGGAGAAGGCUCCUCUCCUCUCCCACUUUGCUCCUUUAAAGCAAGCAGGCUCUGCUUUUCUCGCUCCUCCCCGCUCCUCCCCGGCUUAGCGAGCUGAAAAACUUUGCUGCUAUUUAGCUAGCUGAGUGGGGAGGAGAGAGAGACAGAGAGCCUGCUUGCUUUAAAGGAACCAACCGGACAGGAGCCGCUUACACUCGUGUAAGCGGCUGCUCUCCCCUCCCGCUUUGCUCCUUUAAAGAAGCAGGCUCUCUGUCCCUCUCUCCUCCCCACUCAGCGGCUCUUCUCCCGCUUUGCUGUUUCAAAGCGAGCCACGGAGGAGGGAAGGAAGGGGAACCAUGGAUCCUCUGAUUAUGACUGCAGCAGAUCCCCCCCCGCCAUCUGUAGGCAUUCCCUCCAUAACACACACAGACAUUUCCCCUUACUUUCUGGGAGAAAAAAAGUGAGUGUUAUGGUGCAAAAAAUACGGUAAUUGGCAACUAGAAAAUCCGGUUUCUUUCCAGUUGGUGCUCGAGCCAGUAUAUUUGCCUCGCUGUAGACGUUCUCUCCUCCCCAGAGAUUUUUCUCCCUCCCCAUGAUGAUGCUUGUCUUCUUCAGAACAUCUGAGGCUGUGCCCUUCAACACCCCAUUUAGUUCAAAGGGGACUUAUCUCCUGACCACCUCUCAUUACUACUUAAUUAUCUCUGCUAGCGGGAGCGCUAGCAGAUGAUAUCUCAAUUUGGCAUAUUUCCAAUUGGAAUUUUGUUUUUGUUUUGAGGGAAUUCUUGGUUCAAAAGAAGGAACUGUAAGAAAGGGAGAGCAGGGGCCUUGUUGCUGGUUUGGAGUUUAUCUGCUAAAGUGGCUACUCAUGCAUCACCAAAAUGAGCAAGGUUUAUAUGUG